AGCCGAAGAUGUCGACUCGGUCAUGUGAUCAGCUGUGUCCAAUCACAGCUGAUCACAUGGGACAUGUACACUGAUCAUCAGGGCACUGAUGAUCAGUGUGCCCUGAUGAUCAGUGUAGCCCCAGCAGUGCCACCUGUCAGUGUCCAUCAGUGCCUUGGGUCAGUGCUCACCAGUGCCUCGUGCCAGUGCCCAUCAGUGCCACAUCAAUGCCACAUGUCAGUGCCUACCAGUGCACAUCAAUGCCACAUAUCAGUGCCCAUCUGAGCUUCCUUUCAGUGUCACCCAUCAGUGCCACCUAUCAAUGACAAUCACUGCCAGUCAGUGCCACCUAUCAGUGCCAGUCAGUGCCGCCUAUCAGUGCCGUGUCAGUGCCGCCUAUCAGUGCCGUGUCAGUGCCGCCUAACAGUGCCAGUCAGUGCCGCCUAUCAGUGCUGCCUAUCAGUGCUGCCUAUCAGUGCCACCUACCAGUGCCUCCUCAUCAGUG